AUGUCUAACAAUGGAGUGGAAACAGAAGACAAACCACCUGCUCCUCCAAUGAGAAAUACCAGCACCAUGAUUGGAUCAGGAAGCAAAGAUGCUGGGACUUUAAACCAUGGCUCCAAACCUUUGCCUCCCAACCCAGAGGAAAAGAAAAGGAAGGAUCGAUUUUACCGAGCCAUCUUACCAGGAGAUAAAACCAAUAAAAAGAAAGAGAAAGAGCGGCCGGAGAUCUCCCUGCCUUCAGACUUUGAACACACCAUUCAUGUGGGGUUUGAUGCAGUCACAGGAGAAUUCACAAAUUGUCAGGGCCUCCUUCAGGGCAUGCCAGAGCAAUGGGCACGUUUACUGCAGACUUCCAACAUCACCAAGUCAGAGCAGAAGAAGAACCCUCAGGCAGUGCUGGACGUGCUGGAGUUUUACAACUCCAAGAAGAUCUCCAACAGCCAGAAGUACAUGAGUUUCACAGAUAAAUCAACAGAGGAUUACAAUUCAUCAAAUACACUGAAUGUGAAGUCUGUCUCCGAGACCCCUGCAGUGCCCUCAGUGUCUGAAGAUGAAGAUGAUGAAGAUGACGCAGCUCCACCCCCUGUGAUAGCUCCACGACCUGAACACACAAAAUCUAUAUAUACCCGCUCGGUGAUAGAUCCCCUUCCUCCUCCUACCAGAGACGUGGCCACCUCUCCUAUUUCUUCUCCCUCUGAAAACAGCACAACAGCACCUGACAUGCUGGUCAGGAACACAGAGAAACAAAAGAAAAAGCCAAAAAUGUCAGAUGAAGAGAUCCUGGAAAAAUUAAGAAGUAUUGUGAGUGUGGGAGAUCCAAAAAAGAAGUACACAUGCUUUGAGAAGAUUGGACAAGGAGCCUCAGGUACAGUUUACACAGCAAUGGAUGUAGCUACAGGCCAGGAGGUUGCCAUCAAACAGAUGAACUUGCAGCAGCAGCCCAAAAAAGAACUGAUUAUAAAUGAAAUCCUCGUGAUGAGGGAAAACAAAAACCCCAACAUUGUCAACUACUUGGACAGUUACCUUGUAGGAGAAGAGCUCUGGGUGGUCAUGGAGUACUUGGCAGGAGGCUCCCUGACAGAUGUUGUGACAGAGACCUGCAUGGAUGAAGGACAGAUUGCAGCUGUGUGCCGAGAGUGUCUCCAAGCUCUGGAAUUCCUCCAUUCAAACCAAGUUAUUCACAGAGACAUCAAGAGUGACAACAUCCUGCUGGGAAUGGAUGGCUCUGUCAAACUAACUGACUUCGGCUUCUGUGCCCAGAUCACUCCUGAGCAGAGCAAACGCAGCACCAUGGUGGGGACUCCCUACUGGAUGGCACCUGAAGUGGUGACAAGGAAAGCAUAUGGGCCCAAAGUGGACAUCUGGUCACUGGGGAUCAUGGCCAUCGAGAUGAUUGAAGGAGAGCCUCCCUACCUCAACGAGAACCCCCUGAGAGCUCUGUAUCUCAUUGCCACUAAUGGGACUCCAGAGCUGCAGAACCCAGAGAAGCUCUCACCCAUAUUCAGAGACUUCCUAAAUCGCUGUCUUGAAAUGGAUGUGGAAAAGAGAGGCUCUGCAAAAGAGCUGCUCCAGCACCAGUUCCUGAAAAUUGCAAAGCCUCUCUCCAGUCUCACUCCUCUGAUUAUUGCAGCUAAAGAGGCAGCCAAGAACAACCAUUAG